AUGCUCGAUGAACUUGAUGCUUUGCAUCAAAAUCAAACAUGGACCUUAGUUCCUAGAGAAUCUCAUAUGAGUGUUGUAGGAUCAAAAUGGGCGUUUAAAACCAAAUUAAAAGCUAAUGGCACACUUGAUAGGUUGAAAGCUCGGCUGGUUGCAAAAGGCUAUCAUCAAGUUGACGGUAUCGAUUAUAUUGAAACUUUUUCUCCCGUUAUAAAACCAGGUUCUAAUUCAAAGUUACUUACUAACUUUAUUACACUUUUGCAUUCUGAAUUUUCUAUGAAAGAUCUUGGACCAGUGCAUCAUUUUCUUGGCAUAGAAGUUCAACGAUCUACUAACACUUUGCAUCUUUCUAAAACUCACUAUGCUCAAACUAUUCUUGACAAAGCUCAAAUGCUAGAUUGCAAACCCAUGACUACACCAAUGGAAUCUAAAACCAAGGGUCUUCAUGAUGAUACUCCACUCUCUGAUCCUACAUUUUAUAGUAGCCUUGUUGGUGCUUUACAAUAUUUAACACUUACAAGACCUGAUCUCUCUUUUAGUGUUAAUUAUGUUUCUCAAUUUAUGCAGUCACUAACUAUUGCUAGUAUGAAAAUGGUUCGGCGUAUUUUAAGAUAUGUUAAAGGGUCUAUUACUUUAGGUUUGCAUCUAACUGGAGAUACUACACUUGAUCUUUUUCCUUUUUUUGAUGCAGAUUGGGCAGGUUGUCCUACUACAAGAAGGUCCACCAUUGGUUAUUGCACAUUUUUGGGACGAAACAUUAUUUCUUGGUGUGCUAACAAACAAUCAACAAUCUCACGCUCAAGUACUGAGGCAGAAUAUCGUGCUAUGGCCAACACAGUAGAAGAAUUAACUUGGCUCACGUUUUUUUUACGUGACCUUCGAGUUCCACAAUCUUGUCCACCCAUCCUGUUUUGUGAUAACUUGAGUGCAUUGCACAUGACUAUCAAUCCCGUCUUUCAUGCUCGUAGCAAGCACAUUGAAUUAGAUUACCAUUUUGUUUGUGAAAGAGUUUUAAUGGGUCUCCUGAUUACUCGUCAUGUCUCCUCUAUUUCUCAAUUUGCAGAUAUUUUCACAAAACCGCUAUGCAAGGCCGCUCUAUGUUAUUUCCGUAGCAAACUAUGCCUCCAACCUCGGCAUAAUUUGAGGGAGGAUAUUAAGAAAGAUUAUAAGGAAGCUGAUCAAUUCAAGGAUGUCAUUCCUAAUUAUGAGAAUAAUUCAAGGGAUUGUAUGGAUACUCAAAUCAUCUCAAAAUAG